AUGAGCUUUUUCAAAAAGCCCUCGUGGGCAAUCAAGAACACGGAGGAAACUGGCACUGAUUUUUAUCGACGCUCGGAACAAACAUACUCCGAUAUCAUUGCUGCGAACCGUGAAGCACACCACAAGCCGAAAUCACCAGAAAUCCCAGCACAUCCCGAAAAUACCAAUGAUACCAAUGAUACCGAAGACCCAAAACAAAAGAAGCGGCGUCGAAUUUCUAGGGAAAAGGGAAAACAGCGCGAUGAUAGCAGUCCGGUGCCCGAUGUGACCUGUGAGGUUGAUAGCGAUAAAAUUGUGCUACCGGAGCCGCAAGAGCUCUCGGCCUCCUCGCAUGAUUCCUCACCCGAGCCAGUCAAUCCAGUCAAACAACGCGAGACAUCACGAAGACUCAGUUCAGAAAACCGUUCGGCGCAGUCACCGCAAAAAGUCAGUGGUCCAGAACCACUAGGUGCUCUGCCAGUUCGACCAGUGAUUGUCCUAGCAGAUGACUCGGAAUCUCGAAGCCCUCGACCUGUUCAGCCUCCUCAGCCUGUUCAGCCUCCUCAGCCUGCUCGGCCUGCUCGGCCGGCAGAACCUCCAGCGGAUGACCCGAUUGUUCAAAUUAUGAUCUCAUCUGAAAUUGCGAAUACUAAACCAUUACUCGUCCAUCGAAAAAUGUCACAGCGGCUAAGAGAUGUGCGGUUGGCAUGGUGCGAUCGCCAAAAUUUCGAACCCAAUAUACAGGCAUCGAUAUACCUGACCUGGAAGGGCCGACGUCUGUUCGAUGUGACAACCUGCAGGAGUCUAAACAUAAACACCGGGAAGAGCACUGCAGCGAUCCCUGGCAUUGACGAUGAUUCCUUUGCAGACCAGAAAGAGCUGCGCAUACAUAUGGAAGCGGUUACCGACUUACCUCUCCCGGUCAAGCAGCAAAUUACUUCUCCUGGUAAUGAUGAGCCCCCUAGAGCGUCGCAAUCCCCGGAAGAUGACCAGGGUGAGCCAAUGAAACUUAUUCUGAGGAGCCCUGGAUACGAUGACUUCAGAAUCAAAGCGAGAAAAACAACCCUGAUCUCGCGACUCAUAUCUGCUUUUCGAGAUAAACAGAAUAUUUCUGUUGACCAUGAUAUCUUUCUCUUGUUUGAUGGAGACAAACUUGACCUCGAUUCAUGUCUUGGCGACAAUGACAUUGAUGAUCUAGAUCUGCUGGAUGUCCAGAUCAAAUAA